AAUUUUUCAAUCUUUCUUUUUUCUUUUGUUUAAUUUUGAACUCUCCAAUGGCGGCUUCUUCUUCUUCUUCUUCUUCCCUUUACUUUUUGUUGCUUCUUUUAUCUCUUUCUUUCUUCUUGUCUAUGACUGCUCCACUACCUUCCAAUUCCUCCUUACCUUUUGUUCAUCAACAUCCUCAUCUCGUCGUUGAAGAAGUUCAAAGGAGCAUAAAUGGAUCAAGAAGAAACUUGGGGUAUUUAUCAUGUGGAACAGGAAACCCAAUAGACGAUUGUUGGAGAUGCGAUUCCAAUUGGGAAACAAACCGUAAACGCUUAGCCGAUUGCGCCAUCGGCUUCGGCAAAAACGCAAUCGGCGGCAAAAACGGCCGUUUCUACGUAGUCACUGACUCCGGGAACGACGACCCACUUAACCCCCGUCCGGGCACCCUCCGCCACGCCGUCAUCCAAAACGAACCCUUAUGGAUCAUCUUCAAGCGCGACAUGGUAAUCAAACUCGCCCAAGAGCUGGUCAUGAACUCCUUCAAAACCAUCGACGGACGUGGCGCCAGCGUCCACCUGGCAGGUGGCCCUUGUAUUAAAAUCCACUACGCGACGAAUAUAAUCAUCCACGGCAUCCAUAUUCACGAUUGCAAGAGAGGUGGGAAUGCUAACAUACGAGACUCCCCACAGCAUGCUGGCUGGUGGACUGCAUCUGACGGUGAUGGUGUCUCCAUUUUAGGUGGUAAACAAAUCUGGAUCGAUCAUUGCUCUUUGUCUAAUUGUAAUGAUGGGUUGAUUGACGCCAUUCAUGGAUCAACGGCUAUUACUAUAUCCAAUAACUAUAUGACACAUCAUGAUAAGGUUAUGUUAUUGGGACAUAGUGAUUCUUUCACCCAAGAUAAAAACAUGCAAGUUACUAUUGCUUUUAACCAUUUUGGUGAAGGACUUGUCCAACGAAUGCCAAGAUGUAGACAUGGAUAUUUCCAUGUAGUGAACAACGAUUACACUCAUUGGGAAAUGUAUGCCAUCGGAGGGAGUGCUUCACCCACGAUAUACAGCCAAGGCAAUAGAUUCGUGGCGCCUUAUAAUCGGUUUCGAAAGGAGGUAACAAAGCACGAGGACGCACCCGAGAGCGAGUGGCGCCAUUGGAACUGGCGUUCUGAGGGUGACUUGUUGUUGAAUGGCGCCUAUUUUCGCCAAUCAGGCGCUGGUGCCUCCUCUAGCUAUGCACGAGCUUAUAGUCUCAGCGCUAGACCCUCAUCUCUUGUUGGGGAUAUCACUAUCACUGCAGGUGCUCUCAAUUGCCGCAGGGGCUCUCGUUGCUAACUGAUCUAGCGUGACUCUAGCUUAAUAAUUAUUUAGUAUAUCCUUUAUAUUUUAUAUCAAGAAGAAAAAAAUAGAAUACAUCUCAAUAUAUAUAAUUAAUUAUAUGAAGAAAGAUGUGAUGUUAAGUUUAUUUUGGUUCCAACAUUUUGAGUUUUUGCAAAGUGAAACGUAAGAUUUUGGUUGAACUCGGGAUGUUUGUGAAUGUGAAAGCUAAUGGCAGAAAGUGAGGAAUAUAAUUAUAUGUUGGUUUUGUGUUUUGUUUUUUA